AUGAAAUGGAAUUCAAAUUGGUCGAGAAAAAGAACCGCGCUAGUCGGAAUUUGGGGAAAGAUAGAGAGCUCUCUAGGCUCUCCUGAUCAAAUUGAGAGUUCGCUUUGCCAGUCCAUGAAUAUGCCGCACCCAGCAGUUCGAGGAGUUGGCCAGAUACGGGUCGAAGCCCUGCCUCGAAAAAGUCAGGACUUUUGGGCAGAUUCCAGUAUCCGACCCAUCUCUUUCUGCCGAUUCCCCGGGUUGUCGGAAUCUCUGGUUCGAUCAGGACCAGGAGUCCCAUUCAUUCGUUUAUGGGAGCGACUCUCUGUUCCCAUUCUCCACCGGGUCAUCAAGUGA